AUGAACAAAAGCAAGGGAACCAGAGAUAGAGGGAUUAUGGUGGAAAAGUUUAAUGAAGCAUUUUAUGAAUCCACCAUUUUUCUCCGGAUCAGCUUUUUUUCUGCAAGUAUCACCCUUCUGAUAUUUGUUGCGGGAAUAUUUGCCCCGUCUUGGAAAUACUUAGAGUUUACUCUUCACUUUAACAACUUAGAUACCAGCGAUCCCUCCAUUUUAGAUACCGAAGUUCCUUCCAGUUUUGAAGAUUCCAGUAUACAUCAUAAAGAUGUGGCCUCUGAUUCCAAUAUGUCAGUGUUGUACGAAAACUGGAAGAAGGAAUAUAACUUUUCAUAUUUUGAAGAUACUGACUUUGCAGAGCAUUCUAUGAACACAAUGAACUUAUCUAAUAGUUCCAGUGAAUUAUUUUUCUCUACUUAUGAUACUUUAGAGCUUUUCACGGCCCACAUCGUCAUUGGACUUUGGGAAACAAGGGUUUGCACCAAAUUUCUUGCUGAAGAAAAUUGCAUACCACCAUUUAAAACACAAGGACACAACUGGAUCCGUCGGUCUCGGGGGUUUUGUGUCUUGGCCCUGGGGAUGGCGCUUCUGACGGUGGUCCUCAUUCUUAUGUGCCUUUUCCUCUCCAUUGCUGCUGACAUGCUGCUAACCCAUGUAAUGACUCUCCUUAUUAGCAUUCUCUCAGUGAGCAGUAUCGCAGUGGGUAUCCUCAUUUUUACUACCAACCACACAAAGCUGGAUGAACACACGAUGUUCAAUAACAUGGGGAUGUUUCAAAUGUUAGUUUCUCAAGUGUCAUGGGCUUGUUGGCUUAGUGCCAGCGCUAUCCCCUUGGCAGCCAUGACAGUUAUCUUCUUGGGACUUAAUUUAGUUUUUUUCUGA